AUGAGCACAUUACGCUACAAGUAUACCGAUUACCAUGCACUCAUAAAUCUUUUCCAAAUAAUGGCCAAGCGCUAUGAAUCCAACGUGUAUGCACACUAUCAAGUGGGCAACUCUGAGUUCAAGGCGUUGACGUAUGAGCAAGUGGAUCGCAUUACUACCAAUCUUGCUUGCAAAUGGGCCCCUACAAUGAAAAACGUGGAUACGGUUGGAUUCAUAUCUGAUCACUCGAUCCAUUAUCUGCUUGGCAUGAUUGCUAUCCUCAAGCUUCGAACUACACUUCUUGCAUUGUCCCCACGCAACUCCGAAGCUGCCAAUGUGAACUUGCUUAAUCUCACAGGGUCCAGAGUUCUUUUGGUGUCCGAAAAGCACAAGGGUAUGGCUGAAAAUUGUGCCCAUCAGUUACCUGAUUUGAAGUAUGAUGCUGUCAAGCCCUUUGAUAUCGAUGCAUUGGUGAAUGAGCCGUUGCGAUCCGAUUGGGACACAAUUUUGGAUACACAUUUUUCGCCAGAGGAUGAAGAAAAGAUUGCUCUUAUUAUUCAUAGCUCGGGUACUACCUCUUUCCCCAAGCCUAUACGAUUGAGCAACCGAUACCUAUUCCACUUGACACAAACCAUCCCCCAAGAAUGGGAUAACUCAUUCCCAAAGCAAGCUGCAACACAAGAGGAUGUUUCCUUGGCGGCAUACCCACUGUUUCAUGUAUAUGGAUGCCUUACUACCUUUGGUCCUGUGAUGUAUGGUACGAGUGUCGUUCUUCUUGCACGGCUACCACCAACACCAAGCGAAUUGACCACCAUUAUCGAAAAGCUACAUGUGACAUUUGUAUCUUUACCACCUUUAUUGAUUGACCAAUUGGUAACCUAUCUGAAUGAGACCCAAGCAUUCGCCCCUUGGCAAAAGCUCAAAAUACUACUCUAUGGUGGAGCCGCCCUGAAAAAGACCACAGGAGAUUACUUGCAUAAUCAUGGCAUCAAUGUACGAAAUGCAUAUGGUUCUACUGAAAUCAAUGCUAUGUCUAUGGCACACAUGACAAAUGACCGCUGGGACACAUUACAACCUCUUGAACCGGCAGCAAGCUAUGCUGAAUGGGAGCCUGUUGAUAAGGGAAAUGGCGUUUAUCACUUGGUCAUCAAAGCAGGUUGUCCUUGCAUGGCAACAGGUGUAGCCAACCGUCCAAAUGGGGAUUAUGCAACAAAAGACUUGUUCAAGGAAGACCCACCCAAUUCAGGCUACUGGCAACAUCUUGGACGUAAUGAUGAUACGCUGGUUAUGGAGAAUGGUGAAAAGACAAAUCCUACUCCUAUGGAGCACACGAUCUCAAGCUCACCCUUGGUCAAGCAAUGCACAGUCAUUGGUGAAAACCGUCCUUGUACAGCUGCUUUGGUGGAAUUGGAUGUUGAUCAAGCACUUCGUCUCACGCCUCAAGAAAUGAUUGAUGAAGUCCAAGGGAUUGUAUCCAAAGCAAACAAAGAUGCUCCCAGCCAUUCGACUAUCUUACCUCAAAUGGUGUACAUCUUGCCAUUGGAGAAGCGUCUACCUUCCACUGAUAAAGGAACCAUCAUGCGUAAGCACGCCAUUCGAGAGUAUGAAUCAGCCAUCAACAAGAUGUAUGAUGACUUCCUAAAUGGGGCAGCCGAUCAACCUUCUGAUAUGCGUGGAUCCACCAGUGGUAUGACAUUGGAGCAAAUUGAAUCAUUUUUGGUGCGGACUGCCAGCCAAGUGUUACAAAUCAAGGAGGACGUGUUGGCCAACAACAAGCGGGAAUCUCUUUUCGACCAUGGUUUGAAUUCGCUAUUGGCCAUCCAGUUGCGCAAUCGUAUUACUUCAAGCUUCGGUACGGUGCCUAGCAACUUUAUCUUUGAGCACCCAACCAUUGAAUCAGCUGCCCAAUCUCUCCAUUCAAGUGAUGAUGCAGUUGACAAGAGCGAAGAACGAUAUCAGGAUACACAGCAGUUGUUGAUGGAGUACAUUACACGCGCCAAGGAUGACUUUGCUCAAUGCAAGACGACAAUGGACGAUCCAAGAGCAGCUGAGGGUCACGUGAUUCUAUUGACAGGUGCGACAGGUUCCUUGGGAUCCUUCAUGUUGAGCCAGCUUUUACAAUCCUCCAAUGUCAAAAAGGUGUAUUGUUUGGUGCGUGGACAACAAGAUCGAUUGAUGGAUCGUCUUUACACGGCAUUCCGUGAUCGUUUCCUCGAUACGAGACUCUUGGAGAAUGGCAAGGUGGAAGCGUUACCGAUGAAGUUGAAUGAGGAUUAUUUGGGAUGGUCCAAGGACACGUAUGAUCGCCUCAAGGAACAAGUGACCAUUGUUCAAGCUUGUGCUUGGUUGCUUGAUUUCAAUCAACCCAUUGCCCAUUUUGACAAAGAAUGCAUCCAAGGAUUAUACAACUUGCUCAAAUUCGCUCAUCGUCCUAUCAAUCCAAUGCACGUGCAUACCAUCUCCAGCGUCAGUGCAACAGCAGCCAUGGAAUCACCUAUUCAAGAAGUCGUUGCCCCCGAAGAUCCACACGUUGCUAUGCCAAUGGGAUAUGCUCAAUCCAAGUAUAUUGUCGAGCAUUUGUUUUAUUUCUUGUCCAAGGAAAAGGGAUUCCCGUGCACGAUUGAACGACUGGGUCAAGUAUGUGGUGAUACACAACGCGGAUUUUAUUGGAAUACAAGUGAACAAUACCCUUUGAUGAUGGUGGGUGGUGGAGCCGAGAUGAAGAAAAUGCCGGACUUUGGAAAUAUGGUGAUUGAUUGGAUUCCGGUCGAUUAUGCAGCAGCAAGCAUUGUCCAAAUCAUGCUCAACACCGCAAGCAACAACAACAUUGCACCAGCAGAGCAAGUAUUUCAUAUUGUCAACCCCAACAGGGUCACCUGGAGAGAUGUUCUUGAAGCAAUGCGAGCAUCCGGCAUGCAAUUCGAUAUCGUCAAACCUGAACAAUGGGUUGAAGAUCUAAGCGAGAAUGAAGAAAAUCCUGCUUAUCGAUUGAUGUCUUUUUACGAAGCCAACUUUGUUGGUGAAGCAAUGUCGAUGCCAGUCUGGGAAACGAAGCAAACAGUCAAAGUGGCACCAAUGUUGAAGCAAGCACCUGCUUUCGGUCCCGAUUUAAUGAGCAAGUAUCUCCAUUAUUGGCGUAGUAUAGGCUUUUACAAAUAA